UACCUUUUCUCCCUUCAUGAUUAUGUCACAAAGCAAAAGUCAUCUCAAACCGGUUUAUUCAUGUCAACAUGGACCAGAAUUUCAAAGAUAUGUUUCUGACAUCUUUACUGAAUCACGGUGAGUAUCAGUUAACGACACCUUUGAGCUUGAAAAAGAGGCAGCGCUGUAGGUGGGGUUUAAACCCGCAGUCACGGAAGACGAACCGCGGACUGAAAGUCAAGUCAGAUUUGGGCAAAACUUCGUGGAUGUCGUGAUCUCAAGUGUAAAGAUGGCAUAUGCAUGUGACAAGCUGUAUGAUGAAGUUAUCAGGAAAAUGAUGGCUGAUUUGUCCACAAAGGUCAAAGUGAGAGAAAUCAUAGUUUACUUGCCCUGCCUCACUAUUUCUGAUCGGGAGGAGAUAGAGGCGAAAAGAGACACUGCUGGAAACUACUGUGCUAUGUCAGUGCUGAUUGAUAACCUACGCAGACGAGAGAACUGGCCUAUUGAGUUUAUAUCAGCAUUGAAGAAAUGUGAACAGUGGGAUCUGGCCGAUAGGAUCAGCAAAGAUUAUGACAGAAUAAGGGGAAUCCCCACCCAGAGAACAAAAACUUUUGUUGCAUCUGUCAGUCCUGCAUCACUGCCAGCUCCUACACCUGCCCCUACUGCUGCUACACCCAUUCCGGCAGUAUUUCCAGCAGAGGCUUCAGCAACAGUUACCAAAGCAACAAUCCACAUGGUUCCACACUCCAGCCCAGCCUUGCCGACUCCUUCAGUAGAAACUGAAGUCUAUGCAUUAGUUUCAGAUGCUCAAGUACACACUCCUGCAUCAGCCCACCCCGCUGUACCUCCACAAGUUUUUGCUGCAGAUGCAAGGUCCUGUUCACCAGUCUCUGCUCCUGCAUUGACCCCCUCUAUUGGGCAAAGUGUAUUUCCAGUCGACGCUAAAGAAUCAUCCAAACUUAGUAUCUCAGGUGCUUCACUAGCCUUAAUUGAAGCCCCUGCUUUAGUUUCAGUCCUAGAUAUGUCUGUACAACCCAAUCAAGAACCAGCCGACCUUGCUGAACCCCCACUGAUUGUUUUGCCUACAGAUGCAAUGUCCUCUUCUCCAGUCUCUGCUCCUAGGGUAACCCCAUCUGUUGAGCAAAAUAAAGUCCUAGUCAUCCCUAGAGAAACACCCAUACUGGAUAUCUCAAGUGGCUUAACUAAUACUGCCCCUUCUGGUCAUGAAUCUUCAAUUGCACCUAUGCUUCCAACUACUCGAGCAUCCCCAUCCUCUCAGGUUAACAAACAUACCACCAUGUCUCAGUCUUCUGCUUCACAGAAGAGGGAGGUUCCACUGUCAAUCUCCAGCUCUGUGAAACAUCCCAUCCAAGACUCAAACCCUCCUGGGAAUGAUUUACCCCGGGACUCACAGAACAACACAACAAUCAAUCAGGUUGGAGAGAGGGUACACACUGCAUUGUCACCAAACUGCCAGACUCAGGAAACCUCCCAGGCAAGAGCACAGGCCCCACCUUCAACAUCUACAGAUGCUGUUGCUGGCUGCUUGACUAACUUCUCCGAUUCAAAUGAAGAGAAUUUUAGCAAACCUGGUGUCCUGAGAGGAGAGGAACCCUUCUCAGUCACUACUGAUCUCAGUCUGCAGAUCAGUCAUGUGACCAUGGACAAUUCAUCAGUCCAACCAGCUGGGCCUCUAGCUGUGCCCAUUCCCCACAGGGGUGAAGAACCUUUUAAUACAUCAGUCACUACUGAUAAUCUGAUGAUCAGUUCUUCCACCACAACCUUUCGGUCUCAGUCUGUUUCUGCCCCUGUUCAAAACUCUAGUCCUGGGGCAUUCAGAAAUGGGUUUCCAGGAGAAGAUAGUAGUUCCUAUCCACAUCAGCCAGUGGAGGAUUACUAUGAGUCUUUGCAGGCAGAGCAAGGGACAAGAGAGCACAUUGUUAAGUUUUCUGAACAACCAUCACUCAAAAAUCUUAACGCCCAGCCUUCAAGCAUGGUUAGGCAAACCAUAACCGGCUUAAGCCACAAUAGUGAAACUGUGAGUCUUGUUCUGUCUGAUUCUGAAGCUCAUCCUAGCCAGAAAAUCUCACACUCCAUACCGAGAAAUAAUUCAUGGGAGCAGGUUAUGCCUGCUGCAAGUUUAACAUCCUAUGCAGAGCCAGCUUCAGCUACUUUUCAAGAGUCAGAAUUAAAUGCCUCAAGCCAGAAUAACAUCCCUCAAUUAGAGCAGAGAGAAGAAUUCCAUGGAUUGCAGCACCGAAUUAAGUCUAACUCCCACCUUAUUGCAGCUGCAGCUAUUGGUGUGACUGCUCUUUUUGUGGCCUUGAGGCUAAAGUACUAAUAUUGGAGCAGCUGUGUGCCACCACUGGUGCCUUAAAACAUGAACAAAUUGUCUAAACAUAAAUCAUGUACCUGGUUGCUCUAGCCAUCUUGAUUUAUUUAUUACCUUUUACACUAUAUAAUGCCCAGUAACCGAGGCAGUUUCACUGAUCACGUAAUUAACCAUCCCUGUGCUUGUGAUGAUCCUGUGAAGAUUUAAAUUAGUGAUUAAACCAGUUAAAUUGGUAUGUACCACUUUUGAUUCCAAACUUACUGGCAGUUAAAUAAUUUGCAUGUGCAUCAUGUAAUCAGUUUGUUAAUAUUAAGCUGCUUUGUUAAUAUUUAGCUACUGCCUCAUGAAACACAUGUUUCCUGUGGCUCCUUCUGUAAUAUACUUUACUUUAAUUUUGACUGCCUUACAAACAUCAUCUAGAACAUGUGUAUAGUAUAAUUCUCUGAAUGUGCCGUCAUUGCAUCUAGUGUCUUAACAAAACAGUAAAGUAAACAAAAGGAAUCUAAUACUGUCCUUACAGAAGACCCAGUGACAAGUGACUGUCAUCACCUCCAAGCCAUUCCUUAAACCAAAUCCAUAAACUUUCUUGUAGUAUAAAUAUAUUUUAAUGUGGGCGUUAUCUCUUUGGACUUAAGCUUAAAGACUAAGUCGGCUGAAUUUGACUGAAUUUCACAGCCCUAUAGUUAAUCAAUUGAUUAAUGAAAUAAUUCCACAACCGGUAUAUUAACUAGUGUCAUGUCAUAUAUGAGGCACCCAGAUUUGUAUAGCUAUAUCAGCUAUGCUAUCAUUUCAUAUAAUCAAGUAUGAGUCCAUGACUGUUUCACCUUACUUUUAUAAUUUAUUCACAAAGCCAUGUUCAAUUAGAAAAAAAUUCAAAUGUGCAGUAUAUUAAUGCUUUGACUAAAAACAUUGUGGAGGUAAAUAUGAUGUAUUUGUGGAAUGUAGUCCAGUGAACAUACAGUACAUUUCCCAGCCAUGUAUAAUUACUGCCUGUCUUUGUAAUAUGAUGCUGAUAAGUACCACCUUUGUUGGUUAAUUAUCUAAGCCUUUCCUAGUUGCACUUUUAAUUAAAUUUAGAUCGCAUUGGUAUAAA